AGUAGGAAGCGUUAAACUAGGUGCCGAUUAUCAAAAUAUAAACAUAAAAUAAAAUUUUAGAAGCUAAUUCACUUAACCUAAUGUAAAAGGCAAGAUUUUAUAAUUUUAUUAGCUACUUUUGCAUUAUUUGAAUCUAAACCUAUUCAACAAUAGAACUGAAAAUAAUCUGGCAAUAUUUAUGAAGUUUUAACACAGUUCUGAAUUGAAUAAGAUUUUGUGAUUAAAAAAAACUUAUAAGCUCAUUAAAAAUAAAUCUGAAAAAUGUAUUCAAAGUUACCUGUUCGUAAAAUUGCGCCUAUUCAUGCUAUUUCUGUUUCCUCAUGCCGAUUCCUGCAUCAAAUGAGUCUUGAAAAUCUUGAAAGGCAUAAUCCUCAAGAAUACCAGCCAAUAGUUUCUAUGGAGAGGGAAGAUCAAAAGAAAUAUCAAAGGCAAUUUUAUUAUGAUACAAUUAAAGCUCUACCUACCGUAGAACAAAAAUUAUACGAGAUAUCACAGUUUCAUAGGCCAAAACAGUUGCGAUAUUUAAUACCUGCUCUUGCUAAGUCAUACAAUGGCAUAUUUUUCCAAAGGUACAUUACUCGCACUCAUUUAAUAAAUCAUUUACCUGAAAAUUUCUCUUUGAUGGAUGUUGAUAAAGAAUAUACUGAAGUAUCUGAUGUUUUCAAACAGACUGUUUCAUCUUUUUAUAAGAAUGAUUGGAAAAGCUCAGACUUAAACUAUCAAGAUUAUCUUUGUAAUAAACGAGAUUGUUCAAAACUCCUUAAUCUUCUAAUAUUGCAGUGUUUCAAGAAACUGGCUCUGAAGAAUGACUACAUCUUAGAAUCAACUAUUCAACAAAAUCCAAGAAUAAAUUCUUACUGGUUUCACAAUGGUUUUCACUCAGAAAAAAAUAAGAUUUAUCAAGAAAAUCUUACAUUUCAGUUCAGAGAUACUCCAGCGUUUACUAUACGAAUAAAGAAACCUUUAAAUGCAAUUUUGAAACUGGAAGACCCUCUGUGUGCCACUGCUGAAGUACCAGAUUAUAAUUUUCAUCCUAAGGCAUUGGGAUUUGCUGCUGAUAGAAAAUGGAUAACUUCUGUUCCUGGUCAUUGGUUUGAUGAUCCUUGUGAUAGCCCAUUUCUUCUUGUUAAAACAACUGAUGAUUUUCAUAAAUUGCUUAGCAAAUUGCAGUUUCAUGAUCUUGAAAAGAUUAAAGAAAGUACUGCCAUAACAAGCUCUUUUGGGUGGCUUAAUGCCGCUGCAACCUAUCAUGGUUUCACUCCAUAUCACGAUCUUACUUAUCCCUUCGUAUGUCACACCAUCAUUACCAAUGGCCAAGAUUGGAACUUUUUUGUCUAUCAAUUGAACACCAUCGCAUUUCACAUCGACGUUGACAAGAAAGAUCGAAGAAAUAUUUGUUGGUCAUCCGGAACCAUUAGACUUUUUGACACUAUUGAAAAUGGUGAGAUUAAAGGACUAAAUGAUGAAGUCUUCAAGAUUUUGUUGAAGUUUCUUAUGAAUGCUCCUGUAAGUGAUGAAAAUAUUAAACUGAAACCUUACUUAGGAGAGGACAAUCGAACGGAGGAGGAGAUUGAUAACAUGAGAUAUAUCUAUAGAAACAUGUACAGCCAUCGUCCACAUCCUAAUGCUCAUAAACAUGAAGUACCAACAUGGCAUAGGAUCUAUUUGCCAAAAUAUAACAAACUUGCUAAACCUUUACCGUUUACUAAAUUGUAUUAGUUGUAGAACAUAGAUAAAAUAUUGAUUUUAAAAUUUU